ACAGAGGAAACCAAAAGCAGUAAGAGGGAGGGGAGACGAAGCAACCAAUCAAGGGCAGGGUGAAGCUCAAAACCAGCGGGCUCCCCGGGGAGCAGCCAGAGGCUGGGGGCCAUGGCGGAGCUGCAGCAGCUGCAGGAGUUUGAGAUCCCCACGGGGCGAGAGGCUCUGCGGGGCAACCACAGCACUCUGCUGCGGGUUGCCGAUUACUGCGAGGACAACUAUGUUCAGACCACAGAUAAGCGGAAGGCACUGGAAGAGACCAUGGCCUUCACCACCCAGGCCCUGGCCAGUGUGGCCUACCAGGUGGGCAACUUGGCUGGCCACACUCUGCGCAUGUUGGACCUGCAGGCAGCUGCGCUUCGGCAGGUGGAAGCCCGUGUCAGCACCCUGGGCCAGAUGGUGAACAUGCACAUGGAGAAGGUGGCCCGCAGGGAGAUCGGCACCUUGGCUGUUGUCCAGCAGCUGCCUCCUGGCCAGAAGGUCAUCGCCCCUCAGAGCCUACCCCCUCUCACACCUUACUACAGGAAACCCCUCAAUUUUGGCUGCCUGGAUGACAUUGGCCAUGGGAUCAAGGACCUGAGUACGCAACUGUCGAGGACCGGGACCCUGUCUCGCAAGAGCAUCAAGGCACCUGCCACACCCGCCUCCGCCACCCUGGGGAGGCCGCCCCGGAUCCCAGAGCCCGUACAGCUCCCAGCGGUGUCCGACGGCCACCUCUCUGCCGCCUCGUCCGCCUCGUCCCUGACCUCGGCCGGCAGCGCCGAAGGGGUCGGGGGGGUCUCCACGACCAAGGGGCAGGCGGCGUCCCCGCCCCCGCCUCUUCCCGGCUCCAUGGCCCCCCCACCCCCGCCUCUUCCCGGCUCCAUGGCCCCCCCGCCCCCGCCUCUUCCCGGCUCCAUGGCAGCACCGCCACCAGCCACCGACGUCUUCCUGCCGCCCCCUCCGCCCGAGGAGCUGGCCCCGCCCCCUCCCGCCCCCGAGCUGCUACUGCCCCUGGACCUGCCCCCACCUCCACCCCUGGAUGUAGAUGAAUUGGGUCUGCUGCCUCCACCACCCCCAGGUUUUGGACCCGAUGAACCCAGCUGGGUCCCUGCUGCAUACUUGGAGAAAGGAGCCCUGACGGCACAAUGGUUAAGCACCCAGCUCCUAACGGAAAGGUGGGCAGUUCGAACCCACCUGCUGCUCCACAGGAGAAAGAUGUGGCAGUCUGCUUCAAUAAAGAUUACAGCCUUGGAAACCCUAUGGGGCAGUCUGCUCUGUCCUACAGGGUCACUAUGAGUCAGAAAUGACUCAAGGGCAAUGAGUUAUCUGCCUCCUAAAGUCCCUUCGACCUCAUCCCUAGAGUCACUUUCUGGUCUCACCAAUGUCCAGUUGGGAGUCUCAGUGGCCCAGGAUUCCUGGAGUUGAGAAGCAUCAGGGCCCCACACCUGGGAUGGAAGCUUCUAGGGAUUAGUGGAGCCCCAGUGGAGGUGAAGGCAAGACUCAAAGGGGCUGGAUAGGGCUCCCCCGACCACAUGAUGAGGAAGUAGGACCUGAGGCCUCGUCCUAAGAGACCUCUGGGGGGAUCCACUUACCCUGGACAAGCACCGGAGGCCAGCAACUGGAAAACACCCACUCAUUGUCAGUUCAUCACCCUGGGCACCACCUGUAGGAAUUCUGUUGGUUUCCAGCUGUCGUUCAGAGCUCCUGACAACCAUACAAGGUCCAUUUGAGGUGAUCAGCCAGAGGGCUUUGCAUCCAUAACGAAUGCCCACCUGGGCCUAUCCCCUCCUCUCUGCUGAACCCCAGGAACCACUCCCAGGGUCUCAGUAAAAACAACCCUUCCAUAAGCACAGCACUUACCGCAAAGCAUCCUCUUAGCAAUUCCCUAUGAUGCUGGAGAUGCUAUGGAUGAUGUUAUUGGAAACCCAGAGAGGUUAACUGGCUUGCCCAAAAGGCACCCACUAUAAGUGGCAGAGACACCUAAAAACCAGAUUCAAGUCCAAGACCAGUGCUUUUUCCUCUGGUAUGCUCAUUACCCCUUCCAUGUGUAUGGUACAUUCCAGUUUACAAAGCACCUUCACUGGUGGUCUCUCACUGUUCAUCACAAUCCCCUGAAUUCAGCAGAGGAGAAAGGCUCAGAGAUGUUAAGUAACUUGCCUGAGGCCAUGCUGUUUAGUCAGGGCAGAAGCUGAUUUGUGAAUGCCUGGCCACAGUCUCACCUUCCCUCUGCCCUUAAAAGGGAAGGAGCAGAUCACCAGGGCUUACUGAACCACAGCUCGCGGGGCUGGGGCCCCUGGCUCCUACAGGUGAUCUGGGACUGACCUCCCAGCUGCUUUCAGGGGCUCAGCAGUCAGGAAAAAACAAAACCCACCGCUGUCGAGUGGAUUCCAACUCAUAGCGACCCUACGGGACAGAGUAGAACUGCCCCAUAGAGUUUCCAAGGAGCACCUGGCAGAUUCGAACUGCCAACCUGUUGGUUAGCAUCUGUAGCACUUAACCACUACACCACCAGGGUUUCCGCAGUCAGGAGAGUCAGGUUUAAAUCUCUGACAGACUUGGGGGAUGGGGUUUGCCUUCUUGGGACCUUCACCAAUGCAGUUACAAAGGCUACCACCUACAGCUCCCAAUGGCCUUGCUCCCCCGUCACUCCACUCCCAGGUUGAAUGAGAGAAGAGGAGGCAGCUGGGACAAAACUGGAAAGAGAUCGACAACACUAGACCCAGAAAGGAGCAAAGAUCUGGCUGGCUGCUGCCCUCUGGUGGUGACAAUGGGUGUCACAUCAAACCUCUGACUUUGUCAAGGUGACACUCUCUCCAGACCACUCUUGUACCCAGGGCAGCAGGAAAAAGUCAUAGACCCCAAGACAGAGACUGGGACAUCCAAGGAGCAAGGCACAGGAUGGUGGGAGGUGCUUUACCACCCUCCAUCUUGGGGUACCCCAUCCCUCCCAACUCCCUGACCACAUGUGCAUUAAAACACUUCAGGUAAGGACAGAAUGUGGGACUCAGUCUUUCCCUGAGGAACUUUUGAUCUAGGAAUUGGGAGAAGAGGCCCAAGCUGAAUGGGGCAGUGGGCAAAGUGGGGAGGGGGGGGGUUGGAAAAGACCCAAGUCAAGGAGAAGACGGGAGAGAAGGGAAGAGAGGCAUGGGGCACAAGGGAAUGGCAUGUGUUACAAGGUGUGGGAGGCUGUCUCCCGGCCCUAUCUGAAGGGAGUCCCAGCCUUCCAAAACCCUGGCUGUUAUUACAUGUCCGGCCAGCCAACCUAGUCAGAAGAGAAAGGUUGGAGAGGCCACUCCCAUUGUAAAAACAAACAUGGACAGGCACGUGUCAGGUACAUGGAGAAGCGAGAUACAAAGACCACACAAAGUGGUCUCCAGCAGCCACCCAGAGACCAACCUUCAUGCCAUAAAAGGUCUCAUUACUUUGCCCUUGUUUCUUUUUGUAUCCAAAGCAGAAGGCUAGGGAUUCUGGGUUUCUUCCUCCUGCCCCAACAGAGCAGGCCAUGCUCUGAUACCAUCCCCCAGGUAGUCAGAGGGACCAGAGAAUGCCCUCCCGCUCCCCAGUAGGAAUCUGGCUCCCUUAAAUUUCCAGCAGGUUUACUCACCUCUGGCAGAUUUGUUUCAAGUGAUCAAAUCCUCUUGUGGUCACCAGGAAGAGUCUCUCAAAGAAAAGGGGAGGAAGACCUGAGCGUUCCCUGAAGGCUUAGUGCAAGGGGAAGAGAGAAGGCUUUCUAGAAGGUGGAAGAGAACCCAUAUUUUAGUCCCAAUUAAAAGCAGACCCUCCCUGACUCUCUAUCUGAUCACAAAUUCCUCCCUGCUUCCUCCUGCCUUUUAUACAAAUGUUCUUAGAUUAAAUCUGGGAAUGGGGUGGGAAGGUCUCCUGGGGAUGGGGGAGGGAAAUGGGCCCCUCUUUGGCUAGGCCAUAAGUUUGAAAUCCUCCUGUUUUAUUGGGUGGGUGGAGUCACAGGACAGUUUUCCACAGGAAAUGUGAAGAAUGGGGAUGGGGGGAGAGGAUCCCACAAAUACCACAGUUACGAGUCCUCUGCCCAAGCCAAGUCUCUUCUUCUAUCAAUCACUAGAAAUCAGACCCAACUGCUAAGCUGGAAUUCCUGCCUUCCUCAGAUAGUGCCUGCAACUUUACUAUGGUCUCUUUCUUGCUCACCAUCCUCCACAACAGAUAGGAAAAACAGAUGCUCAGAGGGGUCAGGUUAACAUCAUGGGGAUCACACAGCAUCAGGAUCAGGAUUAGAACUCAGGGCUCUCAGGCUGCUCUUGGAAAACUGCAGCCAGAGCUUCCCUCAUUGCCCUGAAGACUUUCUUGGGUCGUGAGCUUGCUGGGCUGACUAGCUGGUGGGGAUAAUCUGGGACCCUGAUGCCAGCCAGCGAGGAAGCUAGGACUCAGAGUCAGCUCCGGGCUCGCCCUGCCUGGGCAGGACAAACUGAGGCAGGGGAGGCUCGAUGGGCAGGAGCAGGGAGGUGGCAGCUGCGGACGGGUGGCAGGAGAGUUAUUUUUAGAGGUGGCUGGAAAGCAGGCACUGUGGCACAGCCCCAGCUGGCGGGUGCCUCUCUCCAAUGCAGGGGAAGGGGGUGCUCACCUCAGGGAGAGGUGGGGAUUCGUGGGCGGCAGGGCGCAAAGGGGUACCUAUUCUUGAGCUCCAGGAACAAGAUUUCUCUUUGCGCGAGUUGGGGACUGAGAGCUACCCGGGCACCAUGUUCCCGGGGUAGAGAAAAGAAGGGGACUCACUCGUCUGUUCCAGGGGCUCCUCCACUGACACUCGUGAGAAGGAGCGCCCUCAAACUCCACACAGCCCCCACCGUGCCUGGGACCCAAGCCUUCUCCCUACCUUCCGGAGCCUGGGACUCACGUGGGGAGCGGCGAUGGCAGCGAUCUGUCCCGGCUGAGUUUGAAGCGUAAGGGGCGGGGGGAUGGACUAGCUGAGGUAUUUGGGAGCAGGAUGGAGCAAGGGGUGCUUACGGGAAUUGGAGGGGACGCGGUGUCUUAUCCACCCCGGGGUUUUGGGGCGCCGGCUCACGAGUCCCUCCUAUCCCAAGGGACCGUGGACGAUGUGCGCCUGGGCCAUCCCCUCCACCUGCCCCCCAUCCCCCCCAGACGGCUGCAGCGUCC